AUGUUAAUUAAAGUCAAAACUCUUACGGGUAAAGAGAUUGAACUUGAUAUUGAGUCUGAAGACCUUAUUUCGCGUAUCAAAGAGAAGGUUGAAGAGCAAUCUGGUGUCCCGCCACCUCAGCAGAGAUUGAUCUUUGGAGGGCGACAGAUGGCUGAUGAUAAGACCGCAAAGGAGUACAAUAUAACCGCGGGAUCGGUGCUGCAUCUUGUCUUGGCGCUACGUGGAGGACGGUAG